AUGCGUCGUGCUGAUUGGUUGGUGGUGCCGAGCGAGGCUCAGAGGAGAGAGGAACGGAGGGCUGAAGCCAGGCUGGCUGAUGGGUUACAGCGAUUAGAUGAGGUCAGACGUUACCACAUUAACACACUGACCAGAGAACAGCGUGCGAUACACAGACAUCUUCUUGCUCUGAAGGCAGGUAACCGGUGGAGGAAUUUAAACACUGUGGGAUUUCAACCCACCAGUCAGAACCAUAGCCACCCUGCUGUGCCCUAUAAAAAAACAUUAUUGCCCAUAAUCCCACCUUCAGGCAGGGAAGCAGAGAGACACAGAUCUGGAAAGCCGCAGUCAGUCUGUUCUCUGCAGGCUCGUGUGCAGGAGUUUAUCAGCAGUGGUGAAAGCAGAGUCGAUAAUUCUACAGUUCCCUUCUGUCUGCCAGAUCUCAAACUGCAGCCCACAAACUGCACUACACUCCCUCCAGCUGCUUCAGACAGAGACAACGGCAGAAACAGAGACAGGGAUGGACAAAGGGAGGCACACAGGGACAGAGAUAGGCAGGGACCUAGAUCAGAACAGACAACAGAGACAUUCUCGUAUGAAGAAAAUCAGAGAGAAAAUGAGCUGAUAGUUGCAGGAGACAAAAACAGAGAAAGAGAGGAUAUGGAAGUUACUAUGUCCCCCUCUACCCCUUCUAGUGUCUCACAGUAUGUUGCGCCUAAUAGCCAUAAAAGGAUGGUUCACACCUUGCCAAACUUUGCUCAGGCCCUGGUGGAGGCACGCAAAGCCCGGUACAUACGACACCAUGGACAGCCUUUGUGUGAGAAAGAGCUGAGUAUCAGAGAGAUAUUCUCAAAGAAUUCUAAAGACUCACCCACCACUUACUAA